AUGGCUCGCGCUUUCACUCUCCUCGCCCUUGGGGCUGCUGUCAAGGUCGCGCUGGCCGACAUCGAAACUUGCCCUGCCAGUUCCCUCUUGAGCUGCAGCAGCGACAGCAGCUCCGCCUCCUGCUGCUAUGAGUCCCCCGGUGGCCUCCUGCUGCAGACUCAGUUCUGGGACUACGACCCUUCAAUUGGUCCCUCUGACUCGUGGGGCAUUCACGGUCUCUGGCCCGACAACUGCGACGGCAGCUACCAAGAAAGUUGCGACAAGUCCCGAGAGUACGAUGACAUUACCACUCUGCUCAAAAACGCAGGCAAGACCGAGCUCCUCGAAUACAUGCAGACCUACUGGCAGAGCGACGACGAGUCCGACGAGGACUUCUGGGAGCACGAGUGGGCCGAGCACGGCACCUGCAUCAACACCAUCGACCCCUCCUGCUACACGGACUACGAAACCGGUGACGAGGCAGUGGACUUUUUCCAGAAGGUCGUUGACUUGUUCAAGACCCUGGAUACCUAUUCUGCCCUCGAAGCUGCUGGCAUCACUCCUGACAAUGAUGCUACAUACAAACUCUCUGAGAUCCAGAGCGCUGCUGCUGCUAUCCACAGCGGCAUCACUCCUUACUUUGAGUGCGAGGAUGACGCGCUUUCUGCUGUCUACUACUACUUCUACAUCUCAGGCAAUGCCAUCAACGGCAACUAUACCGCCACUGAGUCGCCUGACAAUUCCAACUGCCCUUCGUCUGGCGUCAAAUACCCUCCUAAGUCUAGCAACAGCAAGAGCCGCAAGUAG